AUGUUGGACUACGUCUGCAUCUUCACCAAGGGUGGAGCACUUCUAUGGACGUGGAGCCUGAUGUCUGGCACUGCGCUGAGGGGUAACCCCGUGGAUGCACUCAUUCGCAACUGGCUACUGGAGGAGCGGUCUGGGGAGAGCAGUUUCACCUACACACCGCCCAAUGGGGCAGCAUACAGCCUCAAAUGGACACUGCACAAUGGAUUGGGGCUGGUGUUUGUGGCGGUGUAUCAGAGGGCGCUCAAGCUGCUGUAUGUGGACGAGCUGCUGGAGAGGAUGAAGGCAGAGUUCCCCAAGCACUACCAGCCCAAGUGCUUUGACUAUCCCGCCUUCACAGACUCUUUCGAGAAGGCGCGUGCAGAACUGGAGGGUGCAGCAGAUGCCAACAAGCGGGGAGGGGUGGAUAAAAGCAUGGCGGGGAGCGAUCAAAUAGGCAGCAAGAAGGGUGGCGACAGCGAUGCGGAGGGCGCGACCGUGCCUGUCUCAGCGGUCGCCAACGGGAGUUUGACCCCUGGCACCACCGACAAGGACAGCUCUGGAGAUGACGGGGAUGACGAGGCGGGAGCGUUUGACGUGAGCACGAUCAAGGGCAAGCUGGCCAAGCGCGCAUCGGCCGGCGCCAAGCGCGGCAAGAAGACUGCUGUGGAGGACAAGAAGAAGAAGGACGAGCCAAAGAAACCUAAGCAGAAGGGGUCAGGCCUGAACAGAAUCUAUUCAGAAACAAACGCUGUCUGUGCAGAAGAAGAAGAAGAGGAGGCAGCAGAGGCGGGUGGUGCCAAGGGCCGGGCGGCGAAGGGAGCGAGCAGCCUGUUGGGCUCGUUCGUGCGCAACAUAACGACGAGCGUGGUGGGCACGGCGGCUCUGACGCGCGAGGACAUCGUGCCGGCGCUGCAGGGCCUCAAGAAGAAGCUCAUGGAGCGCAACGUCGCCGAGGGCAUCGCUGAAAAGGUGGUGGAGUCGGUGGCAGCCAACCUGGAGGGCCAACGUCUGGGCAGCUUCACGCGCGUCUCAUCGGCCGUGCGCGCGGCCGUCGAGCAGGCGCUUCACCGAAUCCUGACGCCGCGCCGAUCCAUCGACAUCCUGCGGGACAUCGCCCUGGCCAAGGCGCGGGGGAAGCCCUACACGAUUGUGUUCGUGGGCGUCAACGGCGUCGGCAAGUCCACCAACCUCGCCAAGAUCGCCUACUGGCUCCUGCAGAACGAAGUCUCGGUGAUGAUAGCGGCGUGCGACACGUUCCGCAGCGGUGCGGUGGAGCAGCUGAAGACGCACUGCGCGCGGCUGGGGGUGCCCCUCUACGAGCGCGGCUACGAGAAGGACCCGGCCAAGGUCGCCUACGAGGCCCAGCGCGCCGCCGAACGCUCCCACAAAGACGUGCUGCUCGUCGACACCGCCGGGCGCAUGCAGGACAACGAGCCACUGAUGCGCGCGCUGAGCAACCUGAUCACGGUCAACUCCCCCGACCUGGUGCUGUUUGUGGGGGAAGCCCUGGUGGGCAACGACGCUGUGGACCAGCUCACCAAGUUCAACCAGCGCCUGUCCGACCUGGCCACGGACGCCGCCACCGCACACACCAUCGACGGCAUCCUGCUCACCAAGUUUGACACCAUCGACGACAAGGUGGGGGCCGCGCUGUCCAUGGUGUACACAUCCGGGGCGCCCAUCAUGUUUGUGGGCUGCGGCCAGACCUACGUAGACCUCAAGCGCCUCAACGUCAAGUCUGUUGUGCGCAGCCUGCUCAAGUGA